AUGGCUCAAAGAAAGUUGGUUCUUACUGCCCUUUUGCUCCUAAUCACGUUACCCCAUUUUAUUCAAUCUACAGAAGCCAGACACUUGAGGCAUGGGAGCAAAAACGGAUUCUCGAAACUUCAUCUUCACACAAAGAUAUCUAAACCGGAUGUUAACAGCACAAGCAGUAGAGUAUUUGAUGACGAGCCAGCUCCUGUAGCACCAACAGCGCCAACUCUACCAAGUCCAACUGCACCUGUGUCUCAUUCCUCACCUCCAGGUCGUGUUGAUGGCCUAAGACCUACAGCACCUGGUCACAGUCCUGGGAUUGUAAUUGGUUGUCACGAGGUUCAAUUAACUGAAGGAAGGCAACUGAAAGAACAGUUUAUGUCCUCCAAACAUGAAGUGGUAAAGCCAGAUCACGCAAGGCAAGCUAUCAAUUUGAAGCAUAUCACGGAAGGACAGAAAGGUCACUCUUGGGUUGUAAUAAAGAAAGAAACUUCCCCACCAACGCUACCAAACAGUAAUCUUUCUGCUGACACUUCACGUUCAAAAUUUGUCAAUGAUUUCCAAUCUACAACACCAGGAAAUAGUCCUAGCAUUGGACACUCUGCAGCUAACAAAACCAAUACUGAAGCAAAAGCAAGAACUGUUAAUAGCCGGACUUUUGAGGGAAACUUAGAUGAUCUCAAAGCCAGAGAGCCAGGUCACAGCCCAGGUAUAGGCCAUUCAUCCCAAAACAAAAACACAGGUCGCAAAGAGUAG